UCAAGCUAUGCGUCGCAAUCAGGAACUUGGGGCAAAGAUGUUGGCCAUUGCAAUUUCAGAACUUUGCUCGUGUCACCAGGCCAAAGCCAGACAAUGAGACACACAACCCCAACAAGGCGAAUCGGCAGAAGUUACCAAAAAGCACGGCAGCCUCGUUGCAGCUUCCUUGUUCUUCGCGCGCCUUGUUGUUUUUAUUAGAUCACAGCAGGAGUGGUGCUAAAGAGGGCGAGAGUGAAGGAGCUAGCAGGCAACAAGCCAACAAUGGCGGCACCUUCUGUGCUCGCCUUCUUGCCGCUUCUGCUCCUGGCAGCCUUCUCAGCAGCAUCAACCUCAGCGCACCGCAUCCCCAAUCCUUUCCCGCCAAUCAUUCCCCUGCAUCUUCAGGCUCUUCGGCAGCAGCAGCAGCAGCAGCGAGUGAGCAGCUCGGACGCCAAGCUCGUCACCGCGGCCGCCGCCGAUGCUGGCACCAACAGCACGGCGCAGCCGUUCACGACACACUACUUCCCGCAGGAGCUGGACCACUUCACCUUCACGCCCAACGCGUCAAUGGUCUUCCGUCAGAAGUACCUUGUCAACGACACCUUCUGGCGGAGGCCCAGCGGCGGCAACGGCACCGCCGGCGCCGGGCCGCUGUUCGUGUACACCGGCAACGAGGGCGACAUCGAGUGGUUCGCCACCAACACCGGCUUCAUGUUCGACAUCGCGCCCAAGUUCGGCGCCCUCCUCGUCUUCAUUGAGCAUCGGUUCUACGGGGAGUCACUGCCGUUUGGAAAUGACUCCUACAACUCAGCGGAGACACUGGGUUACUUGACGUCAACUCAGGCUCUCGCCGAUUUCGCCAUCCUCAUCACCAGUCUUAAGCAGAACCUCUCAGCUAAGACCGCCCCCGUAGUGGUUUUCGGCGGCUCCUAUGGCGGCAUGCUGGCUUCUUGGUUCAGGCUCAAGUAUCCCCAUGUCGCAAUUGGGGCCCUGGCAUCGUCUGCACCAAUCCUGCAGUUCGACUACAUAACACCAUGGAGCAGCUUCAGUGAUGCCAUCUCACAAGACUACAAGUCUGAGAGCUUGAACUGCUUCAGUGUGAUCAAGGCAACCUGGGAUGUGCUCGAUGAGAGGGGAGCCAAUGACAGAGGGCUCCUGGAGCUCAGUAAACUGUUCAGAGCCUGCAAGACCUUGAAGUACGCUGAUUCAAUUGCAGGCUGGCUACAGACAGCAUUCGUCUACACUGCCAUGGUGGACUAUCCAACACCGGCCAAUUUCCUGAAGAAUUUGCCUGCCUACCCCGUCAAGGAGAUGUGCAAGAUCAUCGACGGGUUCCCCGCAAACGCGGACAUCCUGGAAAAGGUGUUCGCAGCGGCGAGCUUGUAUUAUAACUUCACAGGAGACCAGACUUGCAACCAGAUAGAGUAUGACGACGACAGCUCCAGUUCUCUUGGCCUCAGUGGCUGGGGGUGGCAGGCUUGCACAGAGAUGAUCAUGCCGAUGUCGGACUCAAACGAGAGCAUGUUCCCACCGGAUACCUUCAGUUACGAGGACACGUCCAAUACCUGUUUCCAGUUGUACGGGGUUCGGCCCAGGCCACAUUGGAUCACCACUGAAUAUGGUGGAUAUAAAAUUGAUAAGGUGCUGAAGAGGUUUGGGAGCAACAUCAUCUUCUCCAACGGAUUGCGAGACCCAUGGAGUCGAGGCGGGGUGCUCAAGGACAUCUCAUCCAGCAUCGUCGCACUUGUCACAGAGAAAGGGGCUCAUCAUUUGGACCUGAGAUCUGCAACCAAGGAUGAUCCAGACUGGGUUAUAGAACAAAGGAGACAAGAAGUUGAGAUCAUACACGGAUGGAUAGAUCAGUAUCAUCAAGACAUGGCGCAAGCAUCCUAAAGGCGCUAUUGCUGUGUUACAGUCAAGUAAAGUUAACGUCUGGUCUGUGAAAAAAAUAAAAAGGAAAAAUUCCUUAUAACUCACAGGACGAUCACAGUGACAUUGGCAAAGUAAGAUGACAAAUGGUGAAAGCCGAUUCAGUUAUUUCACUUAUCAACAGAAACUGUAAAACUUAAACACUCCUGGACAAAUCAUGAAUGAGAGGUUGCUUAAUGCUUAGUUUCUGUUUCUGAAACUGCACAAGUAUUUCUUCAGAUGCAAUACUGAAAAAUAACAUAAUUGCUAUACAAUGCUUGGUAAAUUUUUCCC